GAGUGAUCGAGUGAUCGAGUGUGUGAGUGAGUAGUGUGUGUUGUUCUGGCUAAACGAUUGUUUGGCUUUUUAAAGUGCACUUUCAACAGUCUUUCCUCCGCUCUUUGAGACAGCAUCUGUUAAUGAACGACAUUGAUGAAGUUUUUAUGGAGAAAAGGCAAUUUUACAUCAAAAGCCAGCUGAAGGCAUACAUUAUAUAAUAUUUAAUAUGCAAACAGUUGUGAGGACAAAGGGUGCUGGUUGAAUACGAUUAAAGACAAAAUCUUGGAAAGGAUAGUGAUAAUUAUUGCAGAUACGAUGUAAGUAUGCUUCCAUUGCCAAAAUUCCAAGCUUUUAGUGCUAACUUCUGGUUUUCAAGCGAAUCCUGGUGUCUGUCUCAUGAAAUUAUGGUAUAUAGCUGGUAUUGUAACAUGAAUUGGAAAGGAGUAUGGUAAUGUAUGAUAAUUAGCUAGAUGACUUACAACAAAAAGAAUGCAGCGAUUUUUGAAACCUCAAUUGGCAUAUUUUCACCUGAAAAGAAAUAUUACCAAGAACCGAAGAAUCAAACAUUUCGUGAAAAAUUUCCCGGAAAUUGUUUUUCCGAUGAGGUAUUUCAAUCCUCUUUUUUGUUUUGUUUGGUAUUUCUUUACUUUCGCAGCUAAACGCGGCUGAAUAAACCACGAUCUUUCGUCAUCCUUUCUGCGUAGUUGACGAUUCAAAAACAGUUUUGUCACCCGAAAUGCCGAUGUUUACGGGAAAAUUGAAACCUUCCAAUUACUAACAUAUUUUCUUUUGAGUAGCAUUUCAGAGAGAGUAACAGAGAUGUUCUUUUUUUGUAAAAGCACGUUGUGAAACAAGCUCUAACAGACUCGACAAUAAGGCUUUGUUUAGCUCGGUAAUCAAUACUCAAGUCUCUGUCUACGCAAACAAAAGCGCACGCUGUGGUUGAAAUUUUCAGUCGAAUGUUUUGAAGUCUAAUAUCCGAACCUUUCUUUAAUUCAUAUCUUACUGUCGGAUCUGCAUGCUACCUGCCGCAUAAAUUACAGAAAAUUGUAAUAUUACGGCUUAAAAGCUCAUUAAUCAAUCCAUCUAUGGCAUAUAAACGGGCUAAAAAAAGUUAUUUCGCUGAGAAGACAGCCCCUCAAGGCGUAGGUAAAAAUAUCUUACGCACGGACUGUCCGUCACGUGAUCUCCAUGGUAACACGCAGAACUACUACGGUGUUCUCUUCAUUGAUAUUUUUAUGUUUUUACCUUUAAAGCAAUUUUAAAUAAAUAUAUAUUUACGUGCUUCCACAGCUUUGUAUCCUGAUUGGACGAGAGCUUAAAAGCUUUCAUUCAACAGCCAAUUAAAUCGCUGGAAAGCGACAACAGUCGCUUGGGUCAUUGUUUGCAUGAAUGGAGCACGUGGGUAAAUGACAUGUAGCUGUCACCAACGGUGAGAGAUUCUAACGUGCUGUGGGGUCCUUUGGCGGGUCAGCCACGUGCUUGCAGACCCAGUUCACCUGUAUAAACGCAAGCUCCUUGAUCCAAAUCUUCAAAUUCUGAUGUGGCUGCGAGAUGGCACCGUAAAAGGCAAACUGCCGCGAGCAGACCUCCUCGAACGCGACUUGAGCCAAAACAAGCUGGCGUGCGAAGGCGGAAAUUUAACAUGGCUUUCUCCGUUCAAGGGAGGAAUUCCAGAAUUUAUUUAACAAUCAUACAGUGUUCACUCACUCGCGAGAGGAUUUAAAAAAUUUGCAAGUAUGUUGGCGGGUAGAUUGUUUUUAAUUGUCCUUCUGGGGAGCGCCGUGCGACGGAGAGAUAUCGCUCGAGCAGCUGAGAUUCCUUUGGAUCUGCGUUUCAUAGAAGAGCCAGCGGAUACCCAGUUUGCGCAUAAUCGGUCAGCAAUAUUGAAUUGUAGAGUGGAAGACAGACCGAGAGCUAAUAUCACUUGGAAAAUCGCACGCUCUGAUCACGUGAUAAGCAGCAACAUCACCGGCUUACGCUACAUCUUUCCCAAUGGUUCCUUAUACUUCCCAGCCUUCACCGAGGACAGGUUUAAUUUUUCUGUGCAUAGAGCGGAUUAUCAGUGCGUUGCAAAGACACCAAAUAACAAAUUUGGAAUCUUUGAAAUCAUCAGCAAGGUAGCCAAGUUACGUGCAGUUAUCAUUCAACCAUACAAGAUUUACGCACAAGACAGUUACGUAAUUCGUGGAAACACGGCCGUUAUUAAAAUCGUGAUCCCGGAGCAUGUGCGAGAUUACGUGCGUGUCGUAUCGUGGCAUAACGGACUCAAUGUGAUCACGUUAGGUGGUAAAUAUACUCUUAUGCCAUCCGGGGAUUUGGUCAUUACAAACGUGAACGAUGAUGCGGCAAAAGCCACGUACUACUGUACAGCGGUCAAUAUUCUGACAGGAGAGAAGCAUUUUAGCAAUCCAGCCAAGUUAUUUUUGAAAGAGCAACAACCUUCCCCUCCCAGGAUCCUGAAUAAAGCAUUCAACAUCACAGUAACGGAAGGAGACACCAGCAAGCUUCAGUGUAUGGCGGAGGGUUACCCUGUACCCACGAUGGAAGAGUACACGUGGAAGAAGGAUGGAGUCCCAAGACAGAUGGGGGAACGUUUUUCAAGGUUUGCGGGUGGCAGUCUACGCAUUGACAAGACACAGUUUGAAGACCAGGGCUUGUACGAGUGUACGGUGAAAAAUUCGAGGGGCUCCGCAACCCUUCAUAUGUACCUGACUGUAUUGGUUCCACUGAAAUUUGUCGCUCGACCUCGGAGGAAAGUCGCCUCUGUGUCUUCAGGAUAUAUCAUGGAGUGUGACGUAACCGGUCAGCCUAAACCCAACAUCACGUGGCUUCUGAACGGUAAACAAUUCACUGGUACGUCUCGGAUCAGCAUCAAACCCAACAGACUCGUGUUUUCUGUAAUCUUCGGCGGCGAUAUUGGUGUGUACCAGUGCGUCGCCGACAACGGCCGGGAAGUGGUGCAGAGUAGCGCCGUUCUCAUUACAGCAGAGCGCAAUCCCUCAAUUACCUCCAGUGCCCAAAACGUUGUUCUGAAACCCGGCCAAGGCCUGAAUGAAUGGUGCAGAGCAUACAGUCAUGCAGAACCAGAGAUCACGUGGUACUUAGAUGAUCAGCAAGUGCAUGAUGGGUAUGGAUACAGUAUUACGUCAUCUCGGCUGAGCGAGGCCAAGCAAAGUACUCUGAAAGCGGAUAGCAUGGAUGUGAGGAAAAGCGGGCAGUACAAGUGCGUGGCCUGCAAUAUUGGAAAUUGCACUUCAGAAGUGAUUCAUGUCUACAUUGAAGGUACGACGAAUAUAACAUCAAUACCACGUGACUUUAAUGCGACUCGAGGCCAAUCCGUUCAGCUGCCUUGUGUAGCAAAAGGUUAUCCAGUUCCAACCGUCACGUGGUCUAAAGAUGGAGCCAGCAUCCCUUUUAACCAGCGUCAGUCAGUGUCAAGUGACAACACGCUUCAUAUCUCCAAGGUACAAAAAGGAGACGCUGGCCGGUACAAGUGUACAGCGGUGAACAGUGAUAACAAGAGAGAUGAAGGAUACGUGGUUGUUUCAGUUUUCGAACUUCCCAGUCCAACAUUAUCCCAUCCACAAGUGUGGCACGAAGGGGAUGGUGGCUCUUUCAUUUGCUCUUCCUUCACUGGUGACUUGUGGGCUGGUUCACUGAUGUUCAGAUGGCAGAAGGACGGACGUGAUAUUUUCUCUAUCCCAGGCGUAAUUGUUAUCCAUAAUCCAACAGCUAAAAUGAGCAUUCUUGAAUUUAAGCGGCUGUCUGCGGGGGACUCGGGCGAGUAUACAUGCAUUGCGAGCAACAGAGCUGGAAAGACGAGUGUGUCCGCAGACAUAGUUGUUUAUGUGCCUCCAAAAUUCAUCUCUGACUCUGGCGAUCAACAACAACCUAGCACUCAACCGGUUCUUAAAACCUUUACAACCUACUUGACAUGCCUGACAUCCGGGACACCACCUCCACGUAUCGACUGGUUCAAGUCAAUUGGCGGGAAAUUUGAUCCAGUGUUGAUGGACAAGCCUCGCUUUCAGAAAACGCUGAAUGGGACCUUGGUGAUAAGUAACGUGAGUGAAGAUGAUGCUGGAGAGUAUUUGUGUAGAGCUUCUAAUGCAGUCAGUGACAAUGAGAUCAAUCGUCGAGUGCGACUUAUAGUUCACGCAGUGCCAGCCAACAUCGUGACUGCGCCUGCAAACACACCGGCCAGGGUAUCCGAUGACGUCACGAUCACGUGCAUGGCCGUGGGAAAUUUGCCAAUCGACGUAACUUGGUUUAAUGGAAGCAGACAAAUGUCAGACAGCUCUCGAAUCAGCAUAACAGAUAAUGAAGAGACUAAACAUUUCAGGGUUAACAGUACACUGGUUGUCAAAACCCUGGUUCUACAGGACACCAGACAGUACUCAUGCAGGGUCACAAACCGGUUUGGAAGUGACACAAAGACAUUUCAAAUCAUAGCUCAACAAAAGCCAUCCCCUCCUUCGAAACCGGAUGUGAAGGAAGUGACCGCGCGGUCUAUUUAUCUUACCUGGGCACCAGGAUUCGACGGUAACGCGGCAAUCACUGAAUACACUGUAGAGUUCAAACCAAGUACGAGCAGCUGGCAAGAGAGUGAGAAAAGAGUAGUCAAACUAUCCACUGGUCUGCUUGUUGACGGGCUCAGACCAGCGUCUAACUAUGACUUGCGCGUUUACGCGGAAAACAGGCGAGGCAAAAGCGAGGCCAGUCGUUCGACAUCACAUGUGACCUUGGAGGCUGCGCCAUCACAGCCACCUGAACUGGUGAACGUCACUGCAAUCUCGUCCAAGAAGAUUUACGUGCAAUGGAAGCCUCCUCCCGUAUCAAGCAGAAAUGGCGUGAUUCGAGGAUACUUUGUGCUUUACGAACAAAGGAACAAGAUCUACAGAGGAAAAAACUUAACAGUGAGAGGAGGCGAUAAAAGGAGUUAUGUCAUCGGUAACCUUGAUCCUUACAAAACAUACACCAUAGAAAUUCAGGCGUUUACACGGGCUGGGGUAAGCCCAAAAGGAAAGGCACAAGAGGAAGUGGUCACACAUGAAGACGUUCCCAGUCAGCCUCCCCACUCGGUCAAAAUAACAGUGCUUAGCUCGCAAAGCAUGGAGGUUACGUGGAGUAAGCCGCCGUCGAACGCAAUCAACGGUAAACUUCUGGGCUAUAGAGUGUAUUACUUCAGCACAAAGAACCCGGAUCAAGUCUUCAAUCGGACUGUCACGAAACCGGAUGAGAGGAAUGUAACUCUGACAGGGCUUCGUAAGUUUACAUCAUACAGAGUCAGAGUCGUAGCGUUUACUCGUGUAGGAGAAGGAGUUGCGAGUUUUCCAAUAGGAGGAACAACGCUCGAAGACAUUCCCGGACCACCUAGUAGAGUCCAGGCCAUCCCGGUCUCCAAACAAACAAUUCGUGCGUUCUGGGAUCCCCCCAUAGAACCCAAUGGCAUCAUAAGAACAUAUCUACUCUACUACAGUAAGACGGUCAACGACCCGCUUCUUACAAACUCCAACAAAGUUACAGAGCUUAAAAUAAGCGGAAAUAUCACAUCAAAAUAUCUACCCUGGCUGGAGUCUGAUACGGAGUAUUUCUUUUGGGUUAAAGCAAGUACCUCGGUUGGAGUCGGAAACGCGUCAACUGUUGUAAGACAAACGACAAAAGAUAAAAUCCCAGCAAACAUCUUUCACGACAUUUUGCCGGUCACCUUAGCUACACGCUCAACAUCCGCCAUUUUGGACUGUGAAGCCUAUGGUUACCCUAAGCCCUCAGUCAUGUGGUACAGCAGUGGUCGUGAGCUGAGCGACCGCACGAAGUACCUACAGCUCACUAACGGUUCCCUGGAGAUCAUGGACGUCCGAGAGGAGGACGCUGGGGAAUACGAGUGUACGGCAAGUAAUGAGCUAGGAAGAAAAACCGUGAAAAGGAAGCUUCAAAUAAGAACCCCGCCAUUACCCCCGACAGUAAUCAAAUUCGACGUCCUCACUGACCCUCCCGCUCUCAAUAUCACCUGGCGCGCGUGGGAUGACGGGAAUAGUCCCGUCACCAUGUUCAUUCUUGAGUACAAAGUCAAUGACAGGGACUGGAAAGUUCAGUACAUCAGUAACAUCAACUAUUACGUGUUACACGAAAUUGACUUCAACAAAGUGUACUACUUCAGAAUCUCCGCACUGAAUGCCGUCGGGAAGGGAAAGCCCAGUAAAGUUCUCAAGGUUACAUUUAAAGAUGGGAAUCCCAUUGUCACAGAGGAGGAAGUGGUAGAGGUUGAUCCAACAGCAGGCAGGAGGGGGCAAUUUUAUCGCAAUCCUACCUUCCUCGGCGUGUUAAUCGGUGUUGGUGCGUUGAUUGUUGUUGUUAUCGUGUGUUUAUUGCUGGUGGCCUUCAGAGGAGGACACAUAAGCCUCGACAAACUUCACGACUGGAGGAAAUACUGGAAGGGGAGGGUGUUCCGAGAGCAACUACAGAUACAACAAGGAGAUUACGAUCAGAGGCGAAGCAAUCCUGACCAAUCGGAGGGCAGCCCCUCAACCAAUGGUAAUCUCGCUGAUUCAUCGUCGUCCCUUGAACCAAUCCGCUCGACACACGGUUCUGAAAUCAGCCUGCCCAGAAGUAUGCUGCGCAAUCAUUUCGCGCAGGAGACGAUAAUGGAAGAGGAAUACCCACCUCCACCCCCUCCGUACCACUCAGGGGCCCCCGGCCAGCCCCCGCCUCACGAGGGAAGCUUCAGUGACACCUCUUCAGAAGGAAACUUUGUUCAGCCUGUCUACCACCGGCCCACUCUUCACGAUACUGAUUCAGCAGCGCGUGCGCGGCGUUUCAUGGAAGGAGACGAUCAUGGUACUUACCCCAGUUCGUACGCCGCGCAGAGAUCACUGAACGGCACUCCGGGUAUCGGGAUUUUGGGAUUCCGCGGGCAUGCUGACGGCGGCUCUGAGCUUGAUACAGCUAGUAUAUCACGUGCAAUGGAAUCUAACAUUGACUUGCGUCACUCGGCCGCUGCCAGUAGGUUGAGCCGCACCAGCAAAAGUCGCGGCCAGAGCCAGGAACUUGUUCAUUCGGUGUAUUCCCAAAGUCCAGCGUCCGGGAUAUCAAGGGCACGUGACUCGGGCCUGGGACCUUCACGGAAUGAUCUUCGUCGAACAAGCCUCAAUUCCAAGCGAAGUUCCAGCCAAGUGACGCCUGUGAUAAGAGCAGUGCAAACCCCACAGCGCAGAGAGUCUGAGUCUUCAAAAGAAUGCAGCCCUUAUCACACAGGCUAUGACAGGACCCGAGCAUCACGUGAUCCACGUGCGUACGACUCGGCAUCGUCAGAGUACAGCUCGUCACGUGACGAGCUCAUAUCAGCGCUUGAGUUCGGAAAACGUCAUAAUCUUGAUAAAUAUUAUGGGAUACCAACACUGGAAACUACGUCUGUUUCGUCCAACACAACGAACAGUAGCGAUCAAGACGGAAUAUGCAAGUUUUCGGCCAGUCCCAGGCCUUUAGGGGACGGUUGUUUUGCGCCCACACCAGUCCAUGCUCCACCAUUUAACCCGAGGUCAAGAUCAAGGGGGAAUGAGAACUACAUUUACGUUCUCGACCCACGCCGGCGCGGGGGAGAUCGAGGCGUGGUCCCUGUCACAUCGAAGCCUAGUGGUUCGAUAGUUUGACAAAGAAAUAAAUGGUUAACAGUAAAUAUGCCAUUAGCGUCAAAUUUAUAUCAAUAGUGGAGCUCACGAGCUGGAAGUUCCAAUUUUAACAUCCAAAAUAGAGACGAUUUGCAGUUUUUCGCGCAGUGAAACAUUUCAUAGAAAUAAAUAAAAAAUGUCUUUGCUUAAAAAGCUUGAAGCUCUUGACAGCUAGUUCAGUUUAGUUUGUGACAACGCACAGAAAAUAAUGAAAAAUUAAUAUAUUUAUAAUUAUGUCCUUGAUGCAUGCUCUUUUUACAAAAACAAAACAAAAGUAAGUUAAAAUUCGACGAGUUAAAAAAUGCAUUUAAACGAUUGUAAUAAAUUAAGUUUGACUAUUCAUGAUAAAGCAGGACUACAGAAAUAUUAUAAAUUUUGAUCGUCGGUUCCUUUUUUGUCCUUAAUAAUUUAUUAUUUUACAAGAUGCGGUAUGUCAAGAGAGAAUUUAAACAUCUGAAAUCAAGGGGCAGAAAUAAAUUUAAAAGAAAUAAUAUGUGUCAAAUAAAUUAAAAAUAAAUUUAAAAAGAGAUUACAGAGAUAACAGAACAUAGAACUAAUAUAAUUCAUAUAAAGAACGUCCAUUUGUCAUGUAAAUAUAUUUGAGGUUAGAAUUUUCCAAACGAGAACAAGGUAAAGUGCAUUUUAAGGACUUUUGAGAUGAAAUAAAUAUUGAGCAUGUUUUUACCUCUCUGCUAUGUACAUACCGCCAUUGGAUUAGGGAAACGCGAUGUUCAUUAUUAUUGUGGAAAACAAAUUAAAAUAUACCAAGAACUAUG